AUGCCUCCUUCUGACCAUAAAGCCACUCACAACAAGGCUUCAAAACGUGCACAACGGCAAACUGCAACGAAACAUAGUUAUUACGAAGGAGAGUCGUCUGACAUUGACCAAACUCAAGAACAUGAAAAUAUGAUGCACGAUGCAGUUUUAGACGGUAAUGACACUCAAUUUGGUGCAGAAACGAUGAAACCUGAGGAGGAAGAGACUACAAAAGGAAGUAAAGUUGAACGCGAGGAAAACGAAGCCUCAACAGCGAGCACCAGUAAUCCAAUUGACCACGAAACAUUAAAGAGUCGUCAAAGUGUAUUGGGACGGCUUAAUUAUUUAAAUUCAGAGUUUAAUAAAAAAAAGGACGAGAUAUACUCGGAAAGAUUAAAACACAUUGACGAAGAAAUAAAAGCAGUUAGAGAAGGUACGCAUCCUGAAUUCGAGGAACGUUUACAACAAAUUAUCGACAAGCGCGAUCGAGCAAUAGAGUCGCAGGAAUUAGCAUUGACAUAUCGACGACAAUGCAUACAAAAAGAGUUUGAAGCCGAAACACUACGCGUAGAUGAAUAUUACCAAACACAACGCCAAUUGGUGAACGAUAGGCUAAUAGCAGAUAUUGAAGAAAAAAAGCGAAAACUCGCUGAAGAUUAUGAAAGCUUCGACAUUAACAAUG